CAGGAAACUGGGAUAGGAAAUCACUGUUAGAUGAUUUUGUUUGACGGGUGAAGAAAGACAGAUCAGCUCUCUUUCUGCCAAAAUAUUGCACUGAUUUCAUAAAUCGUAAGACGUUUUUGCCUUCUGCAAAGUUUGCAAGAAUUUAUGAACUCUUUUCAAGGAACGAAGGAAACUGAAAGUGGAACAACUGAAGCUGGAAUUCGUCCACAUUAAGAGGCAUUUAGUCACAUUGACAAUGUACACAAUUUUGUUCUAAACUACUGCAAGAAAGAAACGGUAUCAUAGCACUUUGGGCGACAGCUACUACUUUGGCAAACAAGGAAAUAGAACUUGUUCGAUGUAAACGGCGGGGAAGAACAGGACUGAGCUGGAUUUUGGUUAGGGAGCGUCUGCAAACGCCACCAGGGUUUGUAAAGGAGUCACAAUUCAACACUUGGGAAAUUUGAAAAAGAGUCCACCCAGUUAGUGGCUGUUAUGAUGAAUUGAUAUCAAGAAAUGACAUUGUAACAUUUUACUCAUAAUGCGACUGAAUGAAGAUCAGUUCCAAGUCCUUGCCUUGAAGGCAAGGGGAAGGUCUGCAAGAUGUGGGUAUUUAUAUAAAAAGAGUGGAAAGAAACAGGCCUCAGAUGCUCAAACUGUCCGUCUUCAAAAGAGAUACUAUGUCCUGUACUAUAAUAUGAUGUUUUAUUACGAACAAGAGUUUUCGCCCAAACCAAUUGGUGUGAUCAUGAUAGAAGGGUGUGCUUGUCGAAAGAUUGAUGAUUCAAAAGUGUUUGCAUUUGUGAUUGACAGUGAAAUUGAUGAUCACCGGCAGUACUUUUUUGUUGCGAGCUCAGAAGAGGAAAGAGAAGGUUGGAUGGAAUCUAUUCAGGAGUGGAGUGGGGAAGGACUGAAGUACAAAAAUGAAGAGCUAAAGACAAUUGUGAAAGGCCUAGAAAAACAAAUAAGGAAAGAGAAAGAAUCAAAGGAGAGGUUGCAACGUGAAUGUGCAGACCAGUGGUCGCAAGUUUCUAGGCUCAAAGCUGAGGUAAGUAGCCUCAGAGACAAGAAGGCUGUUUAUGGACUGAACAGUUCGCGGAAUUCUUCUGACAGUUCCAGGGACAGCACGAGCAGCAGUCUGGGAACGCCCGGGACCAAUGCUACUCUUUGCGAUGAUGACCUAUUGCUGCAAUACACCGCAGAGGACAAGAAGAAAAUCAUACAGCUUCAAUCAUGGAUUCGAGGGUGGGCUGCACGUAAGCGAUUCACUCAUAUAGUAGAAAUGUACAUCAUGUCUCCGAGUGGGGAAAAGCUCAUGAAGCGGAACAGGAUUAUUUGGCAGUUUGUGAUUUCGGAAGAAGAUUAUGUUCAACAGCUGACAACGCUUGUGAUGAUAUUUCGAAAGCCGUUGAUGAUGGCAGCAGAUGCUAGGUACCCUGCCUGCACAGUCCAUGAAGUGAGGACCCUUUUCUCAAACUGUGAUGUCAUAUUGAUGUUACACAAAAUGUUUUUAGAAGGCAUUAAACAACGACUGAAGUAUUGGCCUAAUUUAAAACUGGAAGAUUUCUUGUCAGCUAUGGUCUCUUUGCUGCCAAUUUACCACGAGUAUAUCAGGAAUUACUGCGGUGCUCUGCAGGUUCUGUCAGAAUGCAAACGAAGGCCAGAAUUUAUGAAGCUUUUGAAGUGGUACGAAAGAAAACCAGAAUGUAAUGGUCAAACCAUCGAGCAAUUCCUGCACUAUCCUGUUGGCUUGAUGCCUCUGUACUCGAGGAUCCUUGGUCAGGUGAUCGAUUCGACUCCUGAUAAUGAUUCAACACGGGUAGGGCUGCAGGAAUUGCACGACAAAGUUGAGAGCCUUCAGGGGACCUUGAAUCAGCAAAUGAGUGAGUGUGAGAGCAUCAAACACACGCUUGAGAUUGAACGGACAAUAGAUGGUGGCUGUGACGUACUGUUGGAUACUGACCAAAAGUUCAUCAGAGAAGGUAUCCUGCGCCAUUUCGUUACUUCUAAAAUUGGACUUGGAAUUUUACGUGAGAAGACGAGGCACUGCUUUCUAUUUAGCCGCCAUUUAAUUAUUACGUCACGGACGGCAGACGGAAAUUUCAGGCUGGCGAAGAUCUGCGGAAAGAUUCCUCUGAAGUAUACAACCUUAAUCGAGGAAGUGGAUGAUGAAAGUAUCCCGCAGAACAAUAGAGGCUUGGCAUUCACAUUGCUGGUCCAUAGCAAAGUAGAAUGUUUUUUUGUGACUCUUAUGGCUGCACGACCAACUGAUAAAGCUAUAUGGACAUCAGAUAUCAGUCAGUGCAUCUAUAACAUGACGCUAGAAGAUCCCGAAGAUUAUUAUUAUGAUUACGAAAACCAAGAGAAAAAAGAGCCAAAGGAAGUGGUCACUGAACCAACCGACGACAAGGAUACUGCUGUUGUUGCUUCGACUUCGUUGCUCAUGCGAACAAUUCCUAUCAAGGAUGACCCGAGACUAGUGACAGAUGCUGAGGACAUCAAGUAUGCUGAAAGGCUGGAAUCAAACAGCUUACCUCAGAUUUUAUAUGCAAGCUUGAAUAGGCUACUAGAAAGACUGGUGGAUCCUAGAUUGCCAGGAACGGACUUCAUGGACACAUUCUUAGUAACAUAUCGGUACUUCACCACUGGAAAGGUAGUGUUACAGGCCCUUAUUAAGUUCUAUCACCAACUCGAAGAAGAGAGAACAGGGCAAUACAAACAGUUGACGAACGGUGACGCUAAAGAGCCGAAUAACAACACUACAGAGAGGAAGAAAAGUCUAGUUCGCAGCUUCUCAUCUCCUGGAUCAAGAGACAGAACAUCCAGUAUCUUGAGUACUUCAUCAAGCGUGUCAUCAUACGACGACUAUGACACUUUGUCUCCAAUAACUGCUAACGACGUCAUAAACUUCACAACAUUAACUCGACGCCAUAGCAGAGAGCAGUGGCGUGAAAACCCGCUGACAGGUUCCAGUGAUGACAAGAGACAAAGAAGUGUCUCGCAAGAAAGUGGGUCUGUCAGCGAUAAGUCUGACUUCGACUACCAAGAUCGCAGGAAGACAUCACCGGCCUCAUUCCACAACAUUGGCUAUCAAGGAACCCUGAACAGGCUCAAGCAAAGCCCGCUAGAGAGGCCAGUAUCUGCGAUGGACCCCUUACCAGAAACGGAGAGUCCAAAAUCAGAUAGCAACAAGGAGAAUCUGAGUCGGGCCGCCAGUGAACAGUCUGUUAAUUCCGUCUGUUCAGACGAAGUGUCUGAUCGACAGUUAGAGACAUUAAUGGAAUGCUCCAAUGAGGGAAGUCAGACUGGCAGUUACCGGGAGGGCGUUUUAGAUGAUUUUGCUAGUGAGGGUGACCUGACCAGCCUGCAGAAUGACGUUGCUCAUGAACGUGGAGUGGGUGUUGGUGAGAACGGUGCAUCCCACGAGCGUGGCAUAGACGUGGAGGAUGCUAACACGCCCACUGUGAAUAACGCUAAAACCUUGCAUUUGGAUUAUAAACAGAGACUUCUUGUCAACAAACAUUUGCAAACGCACAGACCUUCACUACCUGCUAUUCUACCAGUUGGGUCGUAUGACAAAGAUAUAAGUAAGUUUCUUGGCAUGUAUGACUCACAAACUGUUCAUGCCGCGCGGAAAAAAGGUAAGAAAAAUAAAAGAGAAAGCAAGAUGUCGCGGUCGCCGUCCACUUCCAGCAGCAAUGAGUCUCAAACUGAAGAUCGAAAGUCGAUGUUUUACGACACGGAGGAGCAUAUAGAAGAAAAGCCGCCAACGCCAAAGUCAAUGAAGAAAACGCUGAAAGCGGCACUAAACUCGCGCUCAAAGACCAAGUCUGAAUCGCAACCUGAAAGUCCAAAAAGAAAAAUUUUCAGCUUUAGCCGAAAUAAGUCACACAAGACAACAGGAAUGAGGAGAUCAAAGUCAGACAUGCUGCAUCCAAGUAUAGGUGGGUUUGAGGAUGGUGAAAUAUCAAGAAAGACUUCCACAGUUGAUCGUAGGAGCUUUUUGAUGGAUGACGACACCCAAAGCCUGUAUUCAAUGGCCAGCUAUGAAGACCUAAAUAUAAAAGAGAACUUAAAGGAAAGCCACAGUGACAACAGUCUGAAAGAUAAAGCCUCGCCUAAGACAAAGAAAGGCAAGAAUGUGACACUGCGCCUUUACAAGAAUGCAAAAGAUGACGAGAUUAAACCAAGGGCUGGUUCGCAGAAUUUCCAUCGAGACGAAGGGCGUGUUUCUAUGAGAGCAAUACUCCCGAAUCGCGCACCCCUCAAAAUCCUCAAUAUUAUGAAGCACUGGGUCUCGAAACACAACCAGGACUUUGAGAAAGACUCAGAGUUAGAAGAUAUCCUGAAAGAAUUUUUCAAUGACGUAAAGGAAAAUCCAGAUAGCCUUCCAGUUGUUAAAGAAAUUGUAAAGAGUAUGGAAAGGUUAAUGGAGACUCAUCGACAAGCAGUGCCUAAUUCAAUUGAAGAAGUUUUGCAGAGCGAGGAGCCUGUCAAUAUAGUGGUAUCAGAAUUCCCUCCUAAUUGGACAGCAAGUCGAAUCGCGAAUUGCUUGUCUUUAGUCGAGCACCAUCUUUAUAGCAAAAUUUCAACGAGAGAGUUUAUGAAAUGUACUUGGACAAAGAAAGAUAAAGAAACAACGGCACCAUAUAUCACAAAAAUAAGUCGAAGAUUUAACCAGGUAUCAGGAAUGGUAGCCACUGAAGUCAUCAAUGGGGAAACUCUUGAGCUACGAGCACAAAGAAUAGGUUUUUGGAUAACAGUUGCAGCAAGAUGCCGAGACCUGAACAAUUUCAAUUCAGUACUCCAAAUAACCAGUGGGCUCAUGAAAAGCUCUGUUUAUAGACUGAAGAGAUCUUGGGAGCUUGUGAACCGACAACUCAAAGAGAUCUUGAAUGACCUGCAAAAUCUGGUGUCUGCUGAUAAUUGCUUUGCCAAAUUGCGGGAGACCAUCCACAACUGCAAUCCACCAUGCGUACCCUUCAUUGGCUUCUACCUGACAGAUCUACUUUACAUGGAUGAAAGAUCAAAGAACACAAAUGAAGCAGGCCUGAUAAAUUAUGGGAAAAUGUCUAAGAUUGCAAGGGCCAUAAGGGAGAUACGACAAUAUCAGCAGCUACGGUACACAUUAGACUUUGAGAAAGAUAUGGCCUUGUACCUGCUUGCAACACAUGUAGAUGUCGAUCAUGAAGACUUUGAAGAUGAUUUGUAUGAAAAAUCCCUGCUUGCAGAACCAAGGGGCUGAGAUAUGAACCAAAAUUUGGACAGAUAUGACAGUCAGCACUGGUCAACUUAUAAAAAAAGCAGUGACCUUUAUGUGCAGUGACCUUUAUACCAACAGAGAUCCCAUUCAAGUACCUAGCAUUUCAGUUGCAAAAUCAUGCAUUUGUGGCCAAUACAAAGCAGAAGUUCUGUUUUGAACUCCUAUUGUUGCAGUAAAGAUGUGCUUAUGGUUUUAUCACGCAAGAAAAGAAUUUACUGCUGUAAUAAUUACCAACGCAAUUAUGGAACUUUGUGAUAAUUGAUGUAUAUGUUUGUUGUAUGCUCAUGUCAAGUUACACACAGUUACACCACUACUCACAAACAAACAGAUAUAUACAUCCAAAUAUAAAUCAAUAAUGGUUUAGUCAUUGUUAGAUUAUUGCAUUCUUUGGAAAAGUUGGAUCCGAAUGAGGAUUUUUGGCAAACUUUGUCAAGAGGGUGACCAAAUUAAAUGAGGAAGCCUUUCCUUAGGCUUCUUUGAAUAUGUGAAUUUUAUGGUUACCUUCAUCAUGUUUGCUCCUAAGGAACACUGAAAAGCAUUGUAGCUUAUUCUUAUAGUGAUUACAUAUAUCAACAUUUCAUCAGCUCAAAUCUUCACUAUUCCAAUCUUUGGCUUCACGUUUUUGUAACAUAUCUACCAAAAUUUUUGAAAAUAUUGUUAUUCAGUCAAUUUUGUCUACUAUUCGGUCAUAUUAUUGAUAUCCAGUCUUGAUAUUCAGAGCAUUGUGGGUUUCAAAUUUUAGAAAAUUUGAAAUUGUAUGAAGGAAUAAAAUACACUCACCUUUGAUUUGUUAAUUGGGUUACAUGAAGAGAUUGAUGUUUGCUGAUGCUGUUCAUGGAGAUAUUUUUUAGUUUGAAAGUGUAAAAGUUUGUCCCAAAAAACUGUUUUUUCAAAUUGAAAUGUGCAAUAGACUCUAAGUAGUUAUGAUUACAAAGAAUCUUUUAUUUGAUUCUUGUAUUUUAUAGCUUUCCAUCACUGGAUUGACUUUUGUAUAGAACUUUCAUCUCUACUUGUAUUGUAUUGUCUUGCAAAUAAUUUUCAUGGCAUCAUAGCUAAAGCAGUGUAAGAAAAUCAGACCUAUAUGUAUAAAUACAUAUUGUGAAAUUUUUGAGGGUAUUUGUAUUUGCAAAUAGAUUCGACUUUAUGAAUAAUUUUGUAAUGUAGGUUUUCUGAUGGGAAAUUUAGUACCUUUGUAACAGUUGUAAAUGUUGUCAAAUUUUCAUUCAAAUUUAUAAACACCAUUCAUUGGAAAUAUAUUUAUAUAAAUGGAAUUAAAUUUUAUCAGUAUAAAAUAGCUACAAUUGUUAGCCCUGUUUCUUAUUUCAAUAUUAAUGAUAAUUGAGGUUGCAUUCAUUUGUUAUCAUUCCUGUUUUUAAACUGCAAAAUUUGAGUUGUCAUAGCAGACCAUUUCUUAUGUCUAUUGCUUUGUAGACUUGCAAAGAGACUACUUAAGGUCUAGAGACAACAGCAUAAAAUUACGAUUCACAGAAAAUAUUGUGAUUCAUACCUUUUAAGCACUUUUUAGCAUCAUUUUUUAUAUUUUGUAACAAUUGUUAUCAUGCAUUGGUCACGAAGUCACCAAAUUUUGAUAUCAGCAUUUUGGGAGAAACUUCUUAAAAAAUGCACUUUGGAGAAUAGCAUAAUAAAAAGGCCAGGAAGGGGGUCAAAAGAAUUUGAAAAUUCUAAUUGAGCUCUUGCCACACCUUUAGGGGCGUAGCUUGCGGGGGUGUAGGGGUGUGAUACCCCCAACUUUUAACGAGAUGGUCCGUAAAUCUUCAGUUGGUGCAGAAAUAGCUGGUUUGUUGGUAAAAUCAGCUAUCGGUAGCACCUAAAUUGCUCAUACUCAAGACCCUCAACCCCCGUAGUCGGGAAGGUCAAGCUAUGCCACGGCAUACCUGUUUUGUAGAAAGUGCGAAUGAGCGUUAUUUUCGAAUACUGUUUAACUGCAAUUAAGCAGCUAAAAGUGUCUUUGCCAAAAUUCCUGGGUUGUUCUAAAUGAAGAAUGAACCGUUUCAUGGAAACAAUCAGCAGGGAAUCAAAGAAGGCCAGCCUAUUAGAUUGUAUUAGAAUUAGCAUAUUUCCAUACAGGGGCGGAUCCAGAGCAAAUAUGAAGGAGGGGCAGU